AUGCUGGCAGCAUAUGAAGGCGCGGUAUUCGCAACCAGGAACAUGGGUAGACGGAAAGAAGUGUUGAAAAAGAAGUCCGCUACCGUAUCCGGUGCAUGUCGGCCGCGUUGCGCCGCGUCGCGUGCCAACUUCACGUUUAUCAAGGUCAGUGCCGCUGAACCGCGUAUUGCUGCCACGCUGGGUCCUGUCGAUCUUCUUCGAUUCUCUUUGAGUUCCUAG